UACACUUCACUCCAACUUAGCCUUUCAUCUUUUAUUGCUAAUCAGCCCUUCCUAAAAUGCAUCAUCUUUGCUUUGGAUCCUUCUUCUCCUCUUCUUGGGGUUUGAGCUUUCUUCCUUUUUAGUAUUUUUUAACUUUUUUUCAAGUUUUUUUUAGUUAGUGAAGCUUUUCUUGUUACUUGAGGUAUGGAGAUUUUGAAGAUGGACACUCUUCUGAUGUGCAUUUUCUUUAAAAAUGAGGCCUUUAUUAUGUGCAGAGUGAAAGCUUUGUUCUUCGGCUAAAUCAAACUGUGGAGAACUGAUAUUACAUUUUGGGAUUUGAAUUUGUUAUGCAUUCAAGCUAAUUUUCAAGAACCAAUUCAAUUUGACUGUACUGAAGGAAUGGGCUGUGUAGCGUCAAAAAUUCAUAAGGAUGGGAGGGUGCAGGUUUGCAAGGAAAGAAAGAGGCUAAUGAAACAACUGGUAGUGAAUCGAGGAGAGUUUGCAGAAGCCCAGCUGGCUUAUCUGAGAGCUUUGAAGAAUACUGGGGUAACCCUUAGGCAGUUCACCGAGUCAGAGUCAUUAGAACUCGAAGAUACCUCUUAUGUGCAGGCAUUGCCUCCUUCGCCGCCUCUUCCUUUGCCUCCGUCUCCUCCGCCACCCCCUCCCUUUAGCCCGGAUUUAAGAAAGUCCACUGAUAAACAGAAAGAAGAUAUUGAUAGAGAAGAAAGCAUGAGCGUUAAUGAAGAUGAUUGUUGUACCCCACCACCUCCUCCGAUUGUAAGUUCCUCGUGGAAUAUUUGGGAUCCUUUCGAGGUGUCUUCUUUACAGCAGCAGGAGAAGAGCAAAGUUGAACCAGCUUUGGAGGACGAAAAUUGGGCUGAAACUAAGACAGAAUUUGAAGAAGAAGACUGGGAGGAGGUGAAUGUUGGGAGUGUGGUUUCAAGUUCACUUCCUCAGCAGCAGAAACAGCAGCAGCAGCAGCUGCCUUUGAAACUAGUCGACGAUGACUCAUCAGUGGCGAGUUGGUGUACUAAAGAUACUACAGAUGGGGUGAUGGUAAACUUGAGAAACAAAAAGACAUUGGAGGGUAUUAUUAAGGAGUUAGAUGAUUAUUUUCUUAAAGCUUCAGCUGGAGGGAAAGAAAUAGCUGUUCUUAUGGACAUAUCCCAAGGGGACACUUCUCUACGUCAGUUUUCUAAUGAAAAUAAAAGGAAGAGGAGUAACUCUGCAAAGGUCUUCAGUGCAUUGUCAUGGAGCUGGUCUUCUAAGUCACUUCAGUAUCCCAAAGACGCUUUUGAGGUUUCUAAUUCUAAUGAACCAUGCAAACCUGGAGCACAUAGAAUCACACUUGACAAACUAUAUGCUGCCGAACAGAAACUUUAUAAAGAAGUGAAAGAAGAAGAAAUGGCCAAAAUAGAGCAUGAGAAAAAGUCCACGUUACUGCAAAAACAAGAAGAAGAAAACCAUGACUGGUCCAAGACCGAUAAAACUCGAUUUAGUGUAGAGGGGUUGGAGACUGACAUUAGUCGCCUGCAGCAUUCCAUAAGCGGGACUUGUUCAUCUAUAGUGGAACUCAUUGACGAGGAGCUGUACCCUCAGCUUGUUGCAUUAACUUCCGGGCUAAAAAGUUUGUGGAGAACGAUGUACGAGUGCCAUCAAGUGCAGAACCAUAUCGCCCAGCAAUUAAGUCAUCUUACUGAUAGCCAAACUCCAGACUGUACUACUGACUAUCAUCGUGAGGCCACAGCUCAACUUGAGUCGGAGAUUGUCUCCUGGCUCGGAAACUUUUGCAAGCUCAUGAAAUCUCAACAGGAGUAUGUAAGAACUCUCUUUGGAUGGAUCCAGCUCACUAACUGCCUAGCAGACGACAACCAACAGAAUGGAUACUCGUCUGCAGUUCGUAGACUCUGCGAACAUUGGCUACUUAUCUUUGAUAGGUUACCUGAUAAGAUAGCAUCAGAGGCCAUUAAAAGCCUUUUGACUGCCAUCCAAGCCAUAAUGUUGCAGCAGGACGAGGAAUACAACCUACAGAAAAAAUCUGAUAAACUCGAGAAAAGAUUGGAGAAAGAGUUAUUCUCACUCGCUGAAAUGGAGAAAAAGGUUGAUUGGAACUUUGCUGCCGGAGAUAUGCAACCCGACUUAAGUCCUAAACAUCCCUUGUCAAUCAAACGUGCAAAAACUGAAGCCUUGAAGAAACGGGCUGAUUCAGAGAAGUUGAAAUAUCUAAACUCGGUCCAGGUUACCGGAGUUAUGACUCUAAACAACCUGAAAACAGGCCUUCCGAAUGUGUUCCAGGCAUUAAUGGGAUUUUCGAGUGCUUCUGCUCAGGCAUUUGAGGCUGUCCUCAGCCACAGCAUGCCUGCAGUUGAUUGUGAUGCCGCGGAAAGCUCAGUGAGCGAAAAUCAUUAGAGAAGUGCAAUGAAGAGGGGAACUAGUUACCGUGUCGAACAGAGAUGCUGAGAGUUAAAGUAUGGAGUUAUAUUCUAAUUAAUUUUGUUUAUAGUAGCAGAAUUUAAUUUGUUUGUCACGAAAUUCUCACACUUGAGAAGCACAGCACCUGUACACAGCAUUCAGAUGUAACAUUUCUUAAGAUUAUUAGUGAAUUGUAUCAGUUA